AUGGCGCCAAACCAAGGUCUCGUUCAUCUAAAGGAAUACGAUAUCAAAGACAGCAAUGUGGAGCUAAUUGGAUCCGAUAUUGACCACCAGGUCAAAUACAAUUCUGCUAUUACUGAGCCAGCAUGGAAUGAUGGGCGGGUUGGCCUCGAGCCUGGACUCUUCAUCUGGCGCAUCGAGCAGUUUGAGGUCAUUCCAUGGCCCAAGGACAAAUACGGCCAAUUCUAUGAUGGAGACAGUUUUAUCGUCCUCUUCUCGGAGUUGAUUGGCAACGGUGACGGCACGGAGAAGCUCGUUCAUGAUAUUUACUUCUGGCUAGGACAACAUACGUCUCAGGAUGAGGCGGGUACUGCAGCGUACAAGACUGUCGAGCUAGAUGAAUUCCUCAGGGGCACAGCGACUCAGCACCGAGAGAUUCAGGAAGCACCAUCAGACGACUUCCUGGCGUUAUUUCCACGCAUAUCCAUCCGAUCUGGAGGCACUCGAUCUGGAUUUCGCCACGUGGAGGAGGGAGAGGAACCGCAAGAGACGCUCACUCUGCUGCGUGUGUUCAAGAAUCCUGCCGCUGGUGUCACUGGCAUUGUUGUUCACGAAGUCGAGCCCGUCUGGACAAGCCUGGAUGACACGGAUGUCUUUGUGUUAGACGUUGGUGUCAAGAUCUGGGUUUGGCAGGGCAAAGAUUGCAGUCCGAUGGAGAAGGCAAAGGCUGCCCAGAUCGUGCAUGACAUGACCGUCGCAAAACACUCAGAGGUCGAAGUAGUCUCCCAAACCGAGUCCCGCUCCCGACGAAUUGUCGAUCUCCUCGGCGGUGAUGACGAAACACCGCGAGAAGGCUUUCACAGCAAGAAACCGUUCACUCCGCGCUCCACCGACCAAGCAUCCAAGAAGCUAUUCAGACUCAGCGACUCAUCGGGACAGCUCUCAUUUGGUCUUGUUAAAGAGGGCGGACGCAUAUUGCACGAUGACCUGGAAAGUAACGAUGUCUUCUUGCUCGAUGAUGGCGGAAGGUCUGUUUGGGUCUGGCAAGGAAGUGGGUCGAGCGCCGCCGAAAAGAAAAGCUGGCUCAAGGUCGCGCAGGCGUAUGUGCGUCGGUUGCAAGCUGAGAGUGGUCUCGAGGAUGCGUAUCUCACACCAGUGGCCAAGGUUGUUGAGGGUGCUGAGAGUCGGGCUUUUGCGAGGGCUCUCGCUGCCUAA